UCUUGCAUUCCUCGUCGGAGCUGCAUCCACGCUGGUAAAACAGAUAAGUCGUAGGCCUAAUGGUCUCCAGCACUUUGGUAUUCAGUCUGCAAUAUCGUGUAGCUACUACUGGAAAUUGUAUGGUCAAAAUUAGGUAAAAUGAUUUGCAUCUCGACACUGACCUGGAUCUCGCUUCUUGGAAACUUCGUCUCUGCCGAAGCCGGUUCGCGUGUCCUUGGAUCUUCGAGGUCACCCCGCCGAGUAACGACGUCGGAAUAUGAGAAACUUGGAAACAAAAGUGAAGCCGAAGGAAGCCAGCGAAUACCUGACGGAGUCCAAAGUUAUGAAAACUUCCUACGUUACCGGAUGCAAGAGGAUGAAAUGAAGGCGCUCGGGGAAGUCUUGAUAGCCAUAACCACCAAGCAACUCGAACGGUGUUCUCUGGUGGUGGCGUUCGAUUCGGCUUAUGUAGAGACUAAUGUUAUUCGGAGAUUAAUUACGCUUCCAUACAUUAAACAGGUCCUGCAUGUGACGUCAUCGAAGGACCUCUCCUCCCUCAUCUGGGAAUCCUCAGACUGUCGAGGAUACUUCAUCCUGAUGCAGGAACCUGGACCCCUUUUCAAUUUCCUGGAGACCGGGGAAGAACCUUGGGACUAUGAGGGCAAAUACAUAUUUGUUGGACUUACGAAGGCUCAGUUAGAGAGGGUCACCUCCUCUCCCAGAGGCAAGAAGACUCAACACAUCAUAGGCCUAAUUAAGUACUACAUGGCUAAUAUACAGGAAUCAGCUGUACUGGGGAAACGGGGUCGUACUGGCCAACAGGUGGCGGUCCAUCGGUUCACUUCGAACGCAGAGAUCUUCCCUGACAAGAUUUCAAAUUUAAAAGGAGCUACCAUAUCGCUAAUUACCUUUGGAUUUGCCCCCCAUGUUCUGUACGGGCGUGGCACAGGAGGGCAGCACGCUGGGCGGGAUAUGCAGGUGGCGUUUGCCUUAUCCAGGGUCCUCAAUUUCACUCUGAAGUUACUUGAGCCGCCUCGUGGAGAACUCUGGGGAUCGAAACUCGAGAACGGAACUUGGACGGGCCUAGUGGCAGCUCUCGAGAGGAACGUAGGACACAUAGGAAUGGCCAACAUCUUCCUCAGCAACAACAACGACAGAACGGACGUCCAAGGCUUUACGAGGUCAUACGAUGCAGACGUAAGUUGUUUCAUGGCGAGAACCGACCCACCGCAGCCCCACUGGCAAUCUUUAGCUCUACCAUUCCUAGAAGAGACUUGGCUGGCCACAUUUUUCGGGCUCCUGUUGUUCUGCGUUCUCCUCUACUUCACUGGAAGGCUAUCGGCAAUAUUCGGGAAAGAACGAGGCACCUUCCAGAGCCUAAUUUCAUCCAGUCUCUACACCUGGGGCAUCCACUUCCGCGUGUCCCUAGACCAAGUUCCAGAGAUGGCGCCCACACGAAUUAUGGCUGUGUUUCUCGGGAUCUACGCCAUGAUAUUGACUACCGCCUACUGCAGUAACCUCACUGCCUUCCUCACUAUAGCCAGGCCUCCCAGAAGCAUCGAAACCAUAAAGCAACUGCAUGGUUCAGGGCAGGAGAUUCUUGGUAUGGGAUAUUUCUUCAGGACGUCACUGUCCUCCUCUGGUAAUGUUUACAUAAAGAAUCUUGCAGAACGUUACCACGCACUCUCUGAUUUCGACGAAGCCUUAAGCCUACUGAAGGGAGGUAGGGGCGUCUUUCUAGAAAGCAGGAAAUAUCUGGAGUAUCUCAUCAGCACCAAAUUUACCGUCCACGGCGUUCCGCAAAUGAGGAUUAUGAAGGAAUGUUAUGCGCCAUAUAGCAUUGCUAUAGCCACCCAGAAGCACUUUCCCAUGAAAAAGAGUUUCGACAGAGCCAUUGGAUGGAUCUCUGAGAGUGGCCUUGUUCGACGAUGGUUCCUGGACGUGCUCAGCCUAACAAUCCAGGUAGAUGCAGGAGCAAAAGAAAUGGAAACUGCGGCAGAAAAUGGGGACCUAAAUGCAAAGGGAGUAAUUCCUCUGGGCAUCGACCACAUGCAAGGACUGUUCUACAUACUGAUCUUUAGCCUCACUCUCUCGACGCUCGUCUUUGCUGUAGAAAUCUCUUGUUGUAAGGGGUGACAAAGUCUGGUGCUGGUGACAGUAUAGAGCAACGGAACUCUCCGAGUUCUGUAGGAAAGGUCUUUGGAGCAACACUGUGUCACAAGUCAUGACCUACCUGCAAUAUAAUUUAUCGGAACAAAAGCAUUUGUUCCUAUAAUAUCUUACCUAAUUUCGUGUAUAUCAAGAAAAAACAAUUACCGAGCAACAUUCGAACUUUCAUUAACCCCUGAAUGUAUAUUUGCAAGGUACUAUCAAUCGGUACGAAAUUUUAAUGUUAAAAGCCAACGCCGGAACUAAGGGAAGGUAUGAGAAGAAACUUUGUGUAAUAACGCCAUAAAGACAGUGCUUAUUAUCAGAGAUAGAUGGUAUGAAAAGAUUAAAUAUGGGAAAUACCAAAUGACUAAGACGUCGUAGAGACGCAAAUGAAAAAUAUGGCGAAUUCUAUCCAGCCCACAAUGUCAGGAAUUUAUUGGGUUUCAUACAGAAGCCUUGUC